UGAACUUUUCCUACGCCCGCACCGGGCCCCUUCCAGUCUGUCAUAUAAGACUGGUCGUCGCGGGUUCGCAGGGCUUUCAAGUUUCCAAACCGCCCGCGAUGCCAGAGUUCCAGCUGCCGGUCGCAGUAGUGCUCGCCGCGGGAGCGGUCUGCAGCUUAGUCUCCUAUGCGGCGGCGCAUAGGAAUGAUACGAAGGAGGGAAAGAUCAAGCUGCCUGCGUAUGCGAGCGACCCCGACGUCACCGCGAGCGACGCGUUCAAUGUGACCAAACCUGAGGACAUCGUCGAAGGCGAACCUCUAGACGAGAGGCAGUUCUGGACUUGGGCUCGUCUGAGGAAGCUCGUCCUCUCCGUGGCCUUCUUCGCGAUCCUCAUAAUACAAGCCAUUUGCCUUGGAUGGGCCGUAUUCGAAGGCGCUCCGAAGGAUAUCGCAGUUUACUCCCUCCAUGUCGCAUUCGCCAUGUACCUCCUGGUCAUCACGGCCCUUUCCUUGUCGCAAAAGACCGUUCAGCCACAUUCGCGUUCGGUGCAGCACUUAUCGUCUCUCACUAUCCUGGCCACGUUCCUACUCGGAGUCACCGCUAUCCUCCCGGAAACGGAUUUCCAUACCUUGUUGUUGCCGGGAUCGGCUCUGCCACUGUGGUACACUGCGCUUGCUCUGUAUCUCGUCUCUUGCGUGGUGGCAAUCACUACACCCUGCGGUCCUCGGUUGCAUUUCCCUCCCGAGCGCAUUUAUUCCGAAAAAUAUGCCACCAACAUCACCAACCCUGACGCGGAGAACGUCUGCGGCGUCGUGGGAGCGUCUGUAUGGGACACCCUCCUCUUCUCCUACACUACCAAGGUUGUCAUGCUCGGAAACACGGCGGAGUCGCUCGACAUCGGCGACCUUCCAAUUGUGCCUGCGAACAUGCGCGCUCCCUACAUCUAUGCAGUCAUGAAGUCAGCCCUGAAAGCCAUCCGCCUGCGGGCGUCCUUUGCGAAACCCGGGUCCGGGAUCGAGCUCGGGUACCGCCUUGUGAAGGUCAACCUAGGAUUGAUGUCAUACCAGAUCUUCCUGGCCGCCAUCUCGGCCUGCUUAUUCUACACCCCCGCGUUCUUCCUUCAAAGGCUCGUGACGUACCUGGAGAGCGACCCAACCCGGUCCGAUAGAAGUUGGGGCUGGGUGUUCUGCGCUGGCCUGUUUUUCUCCAACGCGAUAUCCUUCCUGAUUACUGGGCAGUUAUGGUCGAUUUCGACAACGACUUUCCAAGUACGGCUGCGCAUUCAGCUGAACACGAUUCUUUUCGCGAAGACCCUCGUCAGGAAAGAUGUUGCCUCCUCAGCAGCAUCUUCUUCCAAGGAUAAGGACGAUAAAAACGGCACGAGCGACACCGCAGCUUCCAGCCCGACCUCGGCCGAAGGUGAAUCGAACAAGAAGGACGACGACGACGAGUCCGAAUUCUCCAGCAAGGCGCAGGUGAUGACGCUCAUGACUACUGACGUCGACCGCGUCAGUGAGUUUGCGUGGCACUUGUUCAGUCUGGUCGACGCUCCGAUCGAAAUCGUGAUUGGAUCUCUAUUCUUGUAUAAACUUCUCGGCGUGUCGUGCUUCAUUGGUCUUGCCGUAACGUGUUUGUUCUUGCCUUUGAACCACUUCGCGGGCAAAAUCGUUGUGAAGGCUCAGGACAACCUGAUGAGCGCUCGCGACGAGCGCGUGGCGCUGAUGAACGAGAUCCUGGGUGCCAUUCGGAUGCUCAAAUUCAUGGCCUGGGAACGAAGCUUCGAGAAGCGGGUCCUCGAAGUCCGUGACAAGGAGCUCCGCUGGCAAAGACUGAACUACACGAUAGAGAGUUUGUGGAACGCAAUCUGGAAUGGCUCGCCUUUGCUCGUUACCCUCGUGUCAUUCUGGCACUUCACGGUAGUCAGAGGCGAGAUACUGACGCCGUCCAUCGCUUUCCCUGCCAGCGCAGUUUUCUCCGAGAUGAAGUUCGCUCUUAACGCACUGCCAGAAACUCUGAUUAACAUGCUUCAGAGCUUGGUGUCUCUACGCCGUAUCGAAAAAUACCUGAACGGCGUGGAAGUCACCGCGGUCCCACCGCUUGACCAACAACCAAACAAAAUCGCCUUCCAAAAUGCUACCGUCACCUGGCCCCAAGAAAGGGGUGGCAGCGCGGCGCCAUCCGCUGCAUCCACUCCUAGACAUAAGUUCCUUCUCAUGGACCUAACGCUCGACUUCCCCAUCGGAGAAUUGAGCCUUAUCUGCGGUAAAUUGGGGAGCGGAAAGACUCUUCUGCUUCUGUCCCUCCUCGGCGAAGUAGAUAUUCUGGCAGGCCAAGUGGUCUGCCCGCGAUCUCCACCAGACGCUAUUGCGUUAUUCGCCAAUUCCAUCUCCACGGAAGAAGAGUGGAUAGUGCAGGGAAUUUGUGCUUACGUUCCUCAGUCGGCUUGGUUGCGCAACGCAUCGAUCAAAGACAAUAUCUUGUUUAACCUCCCCUACGUGGAGAAGCGCUACCAGAAAACGCUCGAGGUUUGCGCGCUCGUGAAUGACUUGCAGAUUCUCGAGGACGGCGACGAGUCGGAGAUUGGUGAACGAGGCGUUAACCUCAGUGGGGGACAGAAAGCUCGGGUAUCGCUUGCGCGUGCUGUCUAUUCACGCGCUUCUACCUUGCUGUUGGACGAUGUGUUAUCGGCAGUCGACGCACAUACCGCACAUCACCUUUUCACCGAGUGUCUGAAAGGAGAACUCAUGCGUGGCAGGACGGUGGUGUUAGUAUCGCAUCAUGUCCAGCUCUGUGCGCCUGGUGCUGGCUACAUAGUCGCGUUGGACAACGGCCGAGUCCAAUUUCAGGGCGAUCGCAGUGCCUUCCAGGCAUCCGAUGUCCUCCGGACGCUCAUACAAUCCGGCGGAGCGACGGUGGAAGACGACCAGGAGAAGCUACCGGUGACCAGCUCAAAGGAACAGUCAUCCGAUUUGGAAGAAACCGCGGAUCCUAGCUCAGAAACUAGCUCUACCACUGCAGCCGCAACAGAGACGGAAACCAAAGCGGUGAUUAGGAAGGGCCCCAGGAAGCUGGUCGAGGAAGAGAAGCGUGCCGUUGGGCGCAUCGGCAAAGACAUCUGGUUGACCUACAUCAAGGCAUGCGGUGGAAGCUUCUUCUGGACGCUGUUCAUUAUGUCGUUACUGCUCGCGGCACUGAGUCCCGUUUUUGAGAAUGGUUGGCUUAGGAUCUGGUCUCGAGAUGCUUCCGCUGAAGGAGGCAGCGCCAGAGGUCCCGUAUUCUACAUCACUGUUUACGCUAUAGUAACAGCAGUCGGUCUUGUAUUGACGACCGUCCGAUGGUUCAUCCUUUAUCACGGAUCUAUACAUGCCUCAACCGUACUAUAUAAACGGCUGUUGGAGGCCGUCCUUUUUGCCCACAUACGCUUCCAUGAUACCGUAUCGCGUGGCCGCCUGCUUAAUCGUUUCGGCAAGGACUUCGAAGGAAUCGAUAGUUCCUUGGCGGACAACUUCGGUCGCUCAAUCAUCAACGCACUGAGCGUCGCCACGACCUUCGUGACGAUCUGCUAUGUUGGCGGAUUGCCAUUCUUCUUCUCUGCUAUCAUUAUCGGUCUUAUGUUCUUCAAUGUCGCGAGGGUUUACUCGCAAACUAGUCGGGAUAUGAGGCGACUGGACUCUGUUACGAGGUCUCCGUUGUACUCGCUAUACGGCGAGACGAUCAGCGGCGUCGCAAUAUUGCGAGCGUUCGGAGCCUCAACGAAGUUCUUGCGAGACAUGCUGAAAUGCGUCGACACGAACGCGAACCCUUACUACUGGAUGUGGGGAGUGAACCGUUGGUUAUCCAUUCGGUUCAAUCUGCUAUCUAGCGUCAUCGUUGGCCUGACUGGCCUUAUGGCGAUCCUGACCCCAUCAAUCGACGCUUCCUUGGCCGGCUUCGCUCUCGCGUUCGCAUCCACUGUCACUAAUGAUAUCUUGUUCAUGGUCCGUCGGUUUGUUGGGCUGGAGCAAUCGAUGGUCGCCCUUGAGCGUGUGAAGGAAUAUUCCGAGUUACCACGGGAACCCGCAGAAUUCAUUGAACCGCGUCCCCCCUCCAGUUGGCCCGAGAAAGGUGCCAUCAAGUGCGAAGAUCUUGUCAUUAGAUAUGCUCCGGAACUGCCGAACGUGCUUCACAACCUGAACUUCGAGGUGCAACCCGGCGAGAAGGUUGGCAUUCUUGGUCGUACUGGCAGUGGCAAAUCUACUCUCGCUCUAUCGUUCUUCCGCUUUGUCGAGGCCACUGAAGGAAAAAUCGUUAUCGACGGCUUGGACAUCUCUCAGAUUGGUCUGACAGACCUGCGUAGCAAGCUCACUAUCAUCCCUCAGGACCCUACUAUCCUCAGCGGAACUCUUCGAUCCACGUUGGAUGUUUUUAAUGAAUACCAAGAUGCAGAGAUUUACGAGGCCCUGAGACGUGUUCAUCUCAUUCCCGCUGGCGAUGCCGAGGAAGUAGAAGGCGGCGUCAAUGCCAACAUCUUCCGUAAUUUGGAUUCGCCGGUAUCUGAGGGGGGCGAGAACUUCUCCACAGGCGAGAAGCAGUUGUUGUGCAUGGCUCGUGCCAUCUUGAAGCGAUCCCGCGUCCUUGUCAUGGAUGAGGCUACUGCGAGUGUCGACUACGCCACCGACGAGCUCAUUGGGAAGACUAUUAGACAAGGAUUCGCUGAUUCGACAAUUCUUACCAUCGCUCAUCGUUUACGAACUGUCAUCGACUACAACAGGGUUAUGGUCCUUGAUCAAGGUCGCAUGGUCGAGUUCGACAGCCCUAAGACGUUGCUUUCCGACCCGUCUUCCAAAUUCUACUCUUUAUGCAAGGCCACUGGCAAAGAGGAGUUCGCCGUGUUGAAGAAGUUGGCUGGUGUAUAAGCUAGUACCAUGCGUAUGUGUGCCUGUGAGGAGAGCACAAGAUAAUGAAUAUAGUAUCAGC